GAGUUUAGCGGGCAGGACGACUGCCGGUGCGUGGAGACACCACUCCAUACCACGCUCCACACCACAGCUGUCAAAGUCGACACUUACAAUCUUACCCAAGGUCUUGGAAACGGAGAGUGCACAGGAUUGACUCUAAUAUUAACCUUCUGACGCCGAAUGUAUGGCCUUGGCCGUUGGAUUGUCGACCCAAGGCAUUCUUAUCAGUCGUUCGUUGGAGAACUUGGCACUUCGUCGAUGUUUGCCGCAGUCCACUCGUCGCUGCUUGAGGUCGUCGUCAUCAUCCAUGAUCUCCAGAGCGGCUGGUGAAUCGCCCAUCAAAUGCGCCGUGGUGAUCGGCGCCUAGCUUUGGCUUGCGGUGAGGGCAGACGUGGCUUUGUCGCCGAGCCAGGUUUCGACAUCAACACAACUACUGUGGAGGGAAUGAACAGGAACUGUAAGUUUUGAGGUCUCUAUCUCAACCCUUACGAUGAUAUCUGAAUCUAUUCAGCCAUGAGACUUGUUGUAUGUUGAAGUAUGGAACCAUAUCUCAUUUCAAUCCUCAUCGCCGACCUAUGUGACGGCGCCUCCAGUCUACCCAUGGGUUUCAACUAUGGAACAGAUGUGUGCCCUGCAUCCGUUCUCCCAACGAAGAAAGGUGCCCUUCAAAUAUGUUUGUGCUUCUAUUUCCCUCACUUCCUCAUGUUGGUGCGGUAAAAAUAAUUAUAUUAAGCGCCUGCCCACAAAUUUAUCCCUGGCUUCUAUUUUCUAUGUCGCAAGCCCUGAAAGCCACGAAUCCUCUAUGCACUGCAAAAUAUUACCAUGGACCUCCCUCUAUUUAUGGAUGUCCGACUGUGGAAUAUAUUCAGCGAGGCAGACCCGUGAUAUUCUGAUAUCUCCCAUGUUGUCCCUUGAGGAGCCAUCUUGUCUCUCCCCAAUACAGUUACAACAGGUAAUGGCGGCCUCACUUCAUAUUUAUACAUUUAUCUGAAC